AUGGAGAAACGUAAGCCGGCCGGACUGCUGCCCCUGCGGUCGUGCCACCUCCGCGGCGAGCCCCUGGACCUGCCGGGGUCCCUGCCCCGCCUCCCCCUCGGGGACCCCUUCAGGGUCUCGUGGCGUCUCGACGCCGCGUGCUGGGAGCGGGCGCCCCGGGACUGCGCCGCGAGGCGGUCGUGCCCGCCGCUGCCGCUGGACCGCGCCUUCGAGCCCGCCUUCCUCCGCAGGCGCAACGAGCGCGAGCGGCAGCGGGUACGCUGCGUGAACGAGGGGUACGCGCGCCUGCGAGACCACCUGCCCCGCGAGCUGGCCGACCGGCGGCUCAGCAAGGUGGAGACGCUCCGCGCCGCCAUCGGCUACAUCAAGCACCUCCAGGAGCUGCUGGAGCGCCACGCCCGGGGGCAGGAGGGCCCCGCCGGCACCCGUCCCCCGCGCGCCGCCGAGUGCAACAGCGACGGCGAGUCCAAGGCCUCGUCGGCGCCCUCGCCCUGCAGCGAGCCCGAGGAGGCGGGCAGCUAG